AUGCCGAGGUCUUUCCUUGUAAAAAAGAAACGCGGGGCAUUUGGAGCCUGGCAAUGGAAAGAGCCAGAACAGCUUGAGUGGAAACAAGAGAAUACAGUAGUGAGUAAAAUUGCUAUGGAGCAGAUAUCGUGCAGUCCUGACACCGAACAGCAUGCAGCUGUGCAUCAGUCAGUAGCCCCCACAGGAUAUGGGACAGCAGCUGAAAUUAGAGAGUCAGUACCUUUAGCAGGAUCAGGAGCACCAGGGGCUGACAGCAGGCAUGAUUUGUCCACACUUAUGCUACAAGGCUCCUUCUACCAUCCCAGUACGCUGACACUGGUCAGCAGAGCAAAGCCCCGUCCCCGUGCUUCCCCUGGCUCAGGAGAUUUUAUGUGCUCAGUGUGCCACAAGAUAUUCCCCCUGCAGCGCAUGUUGACCCGUCACCUGAAGUGCCACAGCCUGGUGAAGAGACAUCCAUGUAGAUUCUGUGGAAAAGGAUUCAAUGAUACUUUCGACCUCAAGAGGCAUAUGCGAACACACACAGGUAUCCGUCCCUACAAGUGUGAACUAUGUGAGAAAGCCUUCACACAGCGUUGCUCUCUGGAGUCCCAUAUGAGGAAGAUUCACGCCGUUCAACAACAGUAUGCCUACCGCCAGAGACGCUCCAAGAUCUUUGUGUGUGAGGAUUGUGGGUACACCUCAAGCCGCCCUGAGGAGUACUUCCAUCAUGUGAGACAAUGCCACCCCGGCAGUCCCGCCCUCCGCAGGUACUACCGCCGUCAGGCCCAUGAGAACAGCAGUUUUGCUUCAGCAGAACGUAAACUCAACCCCUAUUUGUUGUACUCAACCCCUGCAUACUAUAUAUAG